AAAUUUAGCAUUUUUAGAGGAGUACUUUUCUACCUUAACCCGAUUUCACAAUUCGGACUGGGAAUAUUGCCGUGAAGGGUCACUUCUCCUCGUCGCCGAUUACUGCCUCCCUGCAAUUCGCCGCUCCGAUUACUGGUUUGUCUCAAAUCCAAUCUACUGUGUGCCAGCGCGUAUAUUUAUCUAGAUUAUGGAGCGGAAACGUCUGCAGAGAGAUAGAAUCAGUGAACUCCCGGCAGAUAUACUUGACAAGAUUUUGAGCUUCUUGCCGAUUCAAGAAGCUGCUAGAAUGGCCGUUUUGUCUACCUUUUGGAGAGAUAUUUGGUUCAGUCUUACAGAACUUGACUUUGGUUGGUGGUUUUUUGUUCACAUUAGGAAAAAACAUUUCCAUGCUCACAGUGAUAUCAGGACCCAAAACAUACAAGACGAAACGAAAAACAGUAAUAUCUGGAUAUUUGCUGGUUUGUAUGUGGUCAACAAAGUUCUCAUCCAGCAUAAUGGACUUAUUCGCAAGUUUGUCUUCAAUUUUGACUUUUUGAAUAGGAGCUUCAGUACGAAAACACUUAGGUCUCGGUCGUUUGAUUUCGAUCAAUGGCUCCUUUUUGUCACACGAAAAGGUGUUGAAGAAAUACACUUUAGUCUUAUGCCAGAAGAUGAAUACACUCUGCCGAAUUGCAUAUUUUCUUGCCCAACACUCAGGAGAUUGGAUGUUUGUGGAGUCUCUAUUGGACCAAUUAGUGACCCUUGCAUAUUGCCAAAUGUCACUUCACUAUGUUUCAAAAAUGUUGACUUUAAUCCUAGAGAUCAUCUAGUUGAUGUUCCUAUGCUCGAGAAUCUGUCAUUUGAGAUUUGUUAUAACCUUCAUGAUUUUAACUUUACUGCUCAAAAACUUCAUAGUUUAAGAAUAGACUCUUGCCCUUUUUACCAACUCCCUUUUAACUUGGACUUGAGAUCUAUUCGUACUCUUGAUUUGGAUUGUUCUUCUAUGCAGGGUUUUGUUAAUGGAUUUACUGGAAGGGGACUACAACAACCACUUGAGCUAGAUGUGGAAUAUCUGAUGUUAUCAACUGAAGACUAUCAUGAUCAUGUGGAAGAUGUUUAUUCUGCAUUCAUUCAUUUGCUUCGAAUAUGCCCAAAAUUAUGCAAACUUGAUAUAGAUUUAUCGUUCUCCCAUGUUAUGCCAAAACUUACGGACGAAUUUCAAACUGUGACUCAAAGACAUACAAUGCUUCACACAUUGAAGUUGGACUCAUAUAUAGGAAGUGUGCAUGAUUUGAUUUUUAUCAAGAGAUUACUUGCUUGCUUUCCCGCACUUGAGAAGGUUUUCAUUGUUCAUGAGGAUACAUGGGACUACGAAGAAUUCUUUGAAAGUAAUAAGGAGGAGCUUUUGCAUUCUCAGUGUGCCUCUGCAAAAGCAGAAAUUGUUAUGUAUAAUUAUAAUUAUUAGUUUGAGAAUCCUUGCUAUUUAAAUGUAUUGAAACACAACUUUUUUUUUUCUUUUCA